AUGCCAAGGCAUUUUAAACAUACAGAUAAGGAGAGGGGCCACGCUCUCUGCCAUGUCCAAGGCUCUUUCAAAUUGGAAGGCCUUCCCGUUGCAAGGCCAGGAGAGGUCCUAGGGUUGAUUGGAAGAAAUGGUAUUGGGAAAUCAACUACUCUCAAACUUUUGGCUGGAAUACUCCAACCGAAUUUUGGCCACUUGGAUAAGCCUACCCACUUGCAAGAAAUUCUGUCGCUCUUCCCCAACAAAGAGCUUCGACACUACCUCAACCAGAUUCUACUAGGGAAACUAAAGGUCGUUAUGAAGCCACAACAUUUCAAAGACAUGGAAGGCUCUACUACCGCUCCUAAUCUGAGGAGCCUGCUUGGCAAGUACGACAGCAAGAUGGAAGAGAUUUGCCAUGAGCUGGAGCUGAAGGAGUUACUCGACAAGCCUUUCAGAAAAUUAACUCAUGGACAGCUGCAGAGGGUUAUGAUCGCUGCAGUUGCCUCAGAGGAAGCCGAUGUAUACAUAUUUGACGAACCAUCUUGUUUCCUCGACGUGAGGGAAAGGUUCAUAGCUGCCCGAGUUAUACGUAAUCUCCUCACCAGAGACAACUACGUGAUUGUUUCGGACAAUGACCUUAGUCUCCUCGACUAUUUGUCAGAAACCAUUUACUGUUUGCAUGGGAAACCAGGAGCAUGCGGUCUCCUUUCUCGCUCCUAUAAUGCCAGAGAUGGACUCCACAUGUUCUUGACCGGGUUUGAUAGCAUUACAAGUUUGCGUAUUAGGGAUGAUUCUCUCAUCUUUCAGUUUCCUCAUUCUCCGCCCCGAGUAACCGGUUCACGUUUUGGAUUUAGAAAACUCAGUUACGGACCCAUGACGAGAACUGUGCUCGGACAAAACGGUACAGGGAAGUCCACCUUCAUCCGAAUGCUGAUUUCUCUUGGACUACCUGAUCAGGCCAGCGUGGGGAGGAGUAUGGAGCGUACAGUCAGACGAUUGCCAAAUUUGGAGUUCCAUUGGUCCGAGGGUAAUCUAUUUGCAUCGCAAGUGAUGAAACCGCUUCAGAUUGACCAGUUGAUGGAUCGAAAAGUGUCAUCACUCUCCCCCGGAGAAUUGCAGAGAGUCACCAUAGCCGUCUGCUUGGGGAGGCACGCAGUUGUCUACCUGAUUGAUGAGCCAAGUGCGCAUUUGGACGCAGACGAGAGAGUCAAUGUCGCAAUAGCCAUAAAGCGGCGCAUGUUAAGCAUGACGGCUACCGCGAUUGUUGUGGAGCAUGACUUUAUGAUGGCGACCUAUUUGGCAGACCAAGUCAUUUUGGCAGAAAGAAGAGUGGGAUCAAACUUUUGUUUUAUUAACUCUCCAUGCUCACUGUCCGAAGGGAUGAACAAAUUCUUAUCGCAGCAGCUUGAUAUCAUCACAUGCAGACAGGAUCCUAAUGACUUCAUCUUGACACCGAGGAUCAACAAAUUAAGGUCGCUCAGUGAAUCCGAGCAAAAGUUGUCAGGCCAGUACUACGAAGAGAGGGAACGUCCUAGAUUUUAUUUCCCAGCAGAAAUAAGAUUAAGAUUCUAG